GUGGUUUUCAGUGGUGUUAUGGAUAAGGGGUUUACGGACUACCAGUUGGAGGCGGCCAUUAGCAAGGUAUACGCCUCGGAGGCGGCCUGGUAUGUGUGCGACGAGUCCAUACAAAUACUGGGAGGCAUGGGGUAUAUGCGGGAGACGGGACUCGAGAAGUUUUUGCGAGACAUCCGUAUAUUCCGUAUAUUCGAGGGAACCAACGAUAUUCUCCGGCUAUUCGUGUCCCUCACCGGUCUGCAGUACGCGGGCGGACACCUGAAGGAACUCCAGAGGGCGAUGCAGAACCCGGUGGCCAACUUGGGUAUGAUCUUUGGUGAGGGCACCAAACGGUUCGCCCGAUCGGUGGGCCUGUCGAGUGGGCCCUCCCUCCAGGAGUACGUACACCCGGAGCUCAGGGAUGAGGCGGCGCUGGUGUCCAAAAACAUACAAUACUUCGGGAAGUCUGCGGAACACCUGUUGAUGAAAUACAAGAAGAAUAUAAUUCACGAACAAAUGCUUUUGAGACGACUGGCCGACGCGGCCAUUGAUAUCUACGCGAUGGUUGUGGUGCUGUCGAGGGCUACCCGUGCCCUCAACGCCAACCUCAACAGCGCCGGCAUCGAGAAGAAUAUCGCGAAUCUGUUCUGUCAU